AUGGAAUCGUCUCCACAAAACUUGAAUCCUACUCCAUCAGAGUCAAGUUCCACAAACACAAAGGGUAAUGGGUUCUACAUUGAACGACCAAGUGACCUUGCCGUUGUGGUUUCACUAUUAUUCGAGCCAACUAGAUUGAAAAUAUGCGAACUUGCAUAUUCAGCUAUGGAUGAGUUAUUGAAAAUAGCUGUUACUGGUAAACCUUUAUGGCAACAAAGAAAAGGCCAGAAGUUCGAUACCAUGGAUAAAAUAGAAUAUCUGAUAAAAUAUGGCGAGAUUAAAGAAACAAUGUAUGAAAUAACUAAGCUGGCUAAAGUUGGAGAGCCUCAAGUUUUGCCAAGCUACAACUCAUUACAUGUUGGAUAUGCUCCAACACCAAAUACAACUCUAAGAGAGCCUUUAAAAAUUGAAGGUUCAAGAGAUAUACGAUAUGUUAAAACGAAUGCACUCAACAUUGUCCAAAUGUUUAUGAAUGUGGAUCAAUGGUCGACAACAUUUUAUAAUAUCGUUUCAAGAGCAGCAUUCCUUGGAGUCAUUGUAAAUGGAGUCGAAGGAAGCUGUGAUGGGAGAUUGCAAGUGAUGACUGCAGAAUUUCAAUUGCCUACACCUUUAGUAGCGACCCAAGAGUGUUGUUUUGCAAGGUAUUGUAAGAAGUUGUCUCAUAAUAAGUGGGUGGUGGUUGAUAUUUCGUUGGAGAAGGCUUUUUCUUGCCCAACAAAUACAUUUCGAAGAAGACCAUCAGGCUGUUUGAUUAAAGAAAUGCCAAAUGGAUACUCUAAGGUUAUAUGGGUGGAGCAUGUGGUAACAGACUAUAGGAAUUUAAGCUCUCGGUUUCGGGACUUAUUCUCCUCAGGUUUGGCCUUUGGGGCUACACGUUGGCUAAAUGGUUUGUGGUAUAUGCUUUUACGGGAAUAUUCUGGUCGAGAACUCGUUUAUGUUAUUCAAGGCAAUGAUCCAAGAAACCGUGUUUCCAUCAUUCAAAUGAAUACUGGUGACGACCAGUUAGGUAAGUUUUUUGUUCAAGAGAGCUAUGAAGACUCAAUAGGCUUCUCUUACAUAGUUUAUUCUAUGGUUGAGAAGUUAGCUUUAUCAAGUCUUUUAAAUGGAGGGGAUCCAAACAACGUGGUUAUCACACCUUCAGGGUUUACUAUCCUUCCUGGUGGGAUGAGUGACGGUGGCACUGGAAGUAUUCUAACUAUUGCAUUCAAUAUGUUUCAAAGUAUAACUAGUGUGCCAGUCUUCUUACCCCCUGAAUCAGUUGCUGAGUUCAACAAAAUCAUGGCUUACACUGAAACUGGAAUAAAGAAUGCGCUUCUUUGA